CAGGAACCGAAGUAGAUUUGUGUGGCACCGGCCGGAACUGGGCUUCUGAAGUCACAUUGAAGACGAAAACCCCGGUCACUGUAAUAACAGCACAUGUGACCAGUCAACCCAUUCCUGAUGACCUGAUUUGGAUGAUCGUUAACAAUGUUUACUUCAAAGGUUGUCCCUCGUCUCAAUCUAUUACGUAGAGCAACUUGUGCACUUCAAACCCAUGGAGACAUUUUGAAUGCGUCCAUACAGCCGGUUGUUCCUGCUUACUGUUUAUCAUUAAAACCAAAAUUUAGAAACUACUCAACAGCAGCAGACAACACACCUCCCCCUCGAUGGAUACAGCUUGAGCCAGAGCUGGACGAGGCUCUUGUGCCACGGAAACUGUCAGUAAGUCCUCUGGAGAGCUGGCUCUCCCUGCGCUACUCCCUUCCUCCCCUGCUAGAGUCCUCUCCACCACAGGAGGACAUAGAGCUGCUGGAAGAGAAGGUGCUGCCACCCAUCUCUGUCCCUGUUUUGGAGGAUGACACGGGCUCAGCAACACCGCUUAUAUGUAAGAAUGUUCUGAAGAUCAGACGGCGGAAGAUGAACCAGCAUAAAUAUAGGAAGCUGCAAAAACGGAUUAAGUUCUUGAAAAGGAGAGUGCUGGAGGGCAGGGGGAGGAAGAAACAGAAACGAUUUGAGGCGGAUUUGAAAAGGAUUUGGACAGGAGCUGGACUGAAGAAGGCUCCUGACGGAUGGAGUGCACCUAAGAUCUACGUUCAACAUCAGAGAAGCAAAAGGCGGUGAGAAACACAGACAGUGGUUCCAGAGUGCGUCUCAGCAACAACACACUUCACACACUGCACUUAAAACAGUCAGCCUACGUUGUGCAGCUUAACUGAAGUAUGUUUCACUGAUGAGGACAUAUGCUGUAUGAAGUAUGACAUAUACAAUUAUUUUUAACAAAGUGUACGUAAUCUAAUAAAAAUCUUUCUCUGUCAAGCCCAAAGCAUAGUG